AUGAAUGAAGAUGAAAUUAAUUCAAUUACGUUUGAUCCUUUUACAAGAUUCAUUGGAGUAUCAAUGAAAGACUCAGUAGCGAUAUACUCUGUCGAACCAUUAAAGAGAACAUUCAAAAAAGACUUUUUAAACUUCAAAAUUGGACAUAUAACGAUUUCUCCAGAUGGAAAUACAGUAGUAUUCACAGCAAUUCCAACUACAGGCGAUACACAACAACAUAAAGUAUACAUUUAUAGUACUUACUUCGAUGAAGCUGAGAAACAACUAGAUUUUGGCGAACCAAUACUUAACAUUGUUCUUCGAAAGAACCACAUCUUAAUUAUCCUUGCUAAUAGCAUUUGCGCAUACGAUAUUCGAAAUAAAGUCAUUUAUUACGAACAAAUUACAUCUCCUAAUAUAGAUGGAGCAGGAGAUAUAUCACUAGAUGAUCAAAACCCUAUAAUAGCUGUAUGUGGACUGAUUCCAGGCUCUAUUCGCGUUUCUUUUAUGUCUGAUGAAUCUCCUGUUCUUUUCAACGCUCACGAGCAUGCUAUAUCAAUCAUAAGGUUCUCAAAUGAUGCAUCUCUACUAGCUACAGCAAGUUGCGAAGGAACAAUUAUUAGAUUAUUUGAUUCGGCUACAGGAUCUCCUCUCAAAUCAUUCAGAAGAGGAAAUAUUCCAGCCAAAAUUCUUUCGGCUGCAAUUUCUCCAGGAAAUGGUUAUUUAUCGGUUUUUAGCUCAAAUGGAACGGUUCAUAUAUUCCAAGCAGAUUCAAGAGUUGAAGAUAUUAAUGAUCCACCUAGAGCUGCUACUAAAAUAUCUAUUGGAAUUUGUAAUAGUGCUGAUCUUGAAUUUAACUCAGAUUCUCAACUGAGAAUGGUUUCAUCGACAGGAUUUUUGUAUGAGAUAGAUCCAAAGAAAGGAAUUAUUACUUCAAAAACUUUCAUUCUUUCUCAUUAA